UUUACAAUCUCUUCGUAUAUAUGUACACAAUUGUGCAAAUGUAUUUUUUUUUUCCAGUUUAUUUGCAAAGAUCCCCGCGGUAACUUUGUUUAUUGAAAUACGGGGUGAACGUGAAAAAUGUUUCGAUUGCUCACUUCGGUAACAUUAUUUGUUUUGAGUGUAAAUGGAGAUUUCUUGACACAAGAGAGAACUAGAGGAGCCACUCUUAAACCCAUAUCAGCAUGUUGUGAUAUUCCCGAAUUAGGAGAACAGAAAUAUUUAACUGAAUGCUCCAACCCAAAACUGCCGGGUCCAUGUAACGAUGUCCAAUGCGUGUUUGAAAAGUCCGGUUUCCUUGUAGACAAGCAUACUUUGAACAAAGAGGUAUAUAGGGCACAUCUCAGGCAGUGGCUUGAAGGACACAAAGGUUGGGAAGAUGCUAUAGAAAAAGCCAUCAAAGACUGUGUUGACAAAGACCUCAGGCAAUACCUAGAUUAUCCCUGCAGAGCCUACGACGUUUUUACUUGCACAGGAAUUGCUAUGUUAAAGAAAUGCCCGAAAGACGCGUGGAAGUGCUAAAUACCAGAAAACAAACAGAACAACCUCAAAUAAUGAAGGACCCGAGGCCAGUGUGAAGAAAAUUAUGCCGAUAGUUCAACGUACCUAUUGUUGGCCACCAUAUCCAAGGUCUAACCCUGAGUCAACAGGCAUGACGUCUUGACAUCCGACAAUCAUUACAUGCUUAUUACGUCUUGUAAAUAUUUAACCACAGACAACAAUUAAUUCAUGAACAAUGAGUGAGA